AUGCAGCCCGAACGGCCGCCGCAGCCCGCGGCGCACGGAGCAGCGGUGGCGCGCGGAGAUGGGGCGGAGGAGGCGGAUGGGGAUGGCACCGCAGCGGCAGCGGCGAUGUGCGCCGCGGAGGUGGCGGGCGCGCUGGAGACGGUGCAGCUGGGCCUGGCGGAGAUGGCUGACGCGCUGCGCCGCCUGGCAGAGCGCGUGCGGCGUUCCCCCCGCCUGCAGCAGCGCCUCUUCACCGCCCCCCGCCCGGCCUCCCCUGCCGCACCCACCGCCGCUGCACGCCCCACCAUUGCAGGCAGCAGCAGGGCGACGGCGGCAGGGAGGGCGGGGGCGGCAGGGAGGGCGGGGGCGGCAGGGAGGGCGGGGGCGGCAGGGAGGGCGGGGGCGGCAGGGAGGGCGGGGGCGGGCGUGGAGCGGGCGGCGAUGAGAGAGUGGGUGGAGCGGGAGACGUGGCGCGUGCGGCGGCACAACCCCCACAUGGCGCCCGGUGAGGCCCGCCUCGUGGCGCUCGCCCGCUGGCGCCGAGAGAAGCGGCAGCGCCUGCUGCUGGUGGGCCGCGAUGGUGGGCAGGCGGGGGGAGGGGCGGGCCGAGCAGACGCGGAGGCGGACGAUGAUGAGGCGAGCGCAGGGAUGCACGCAGGUGGGAGGGAGGGCGGCGCGGCUGAUGAUGCGGCGAGCAGGGCGUGGGGAGUUCUGGGUGAGCUGGGGGUGAGGGAGGUGAGGGAGGAGGAGUUGGAGGAGCUGGAGGAGGAAGAGGAGGGGGACGAGGAGGAGGAGGAGGAGGAGGAGGAGGAGGAGGAGGAGGAGGAGGAGGAGGGGGAGGAGGAGGAGGAAGGUGAUGAGGAUGGAAUGGAGGGCGAAGGAGUGGGGGAGGGCGAGGAGGAGAGCGACGUGGUGGAGCAGCGCGGGCGGUGCGGGCGAGGAGGGAGUGCAGGGGGAGGAGGAAUCGGGGGGGGAGGAGGAGGAAGCAGAUGGGGAGGAGGAAUCGGAGGGGGAGGAGGAAGCAGAUGGGGAGGAGGAAUCGGGGGGGGGGAGGAAGCAGAUGGGGAGGAGGAAUCGGAGGGGGAGGAGGAAUCGGAGGGGGAGGAGGAAGCGGAGGGGGAGGAGGAAGCGGAGGGGGAGGAGGAAUCGGAGGGGGAGGAGGAAGCGGAGGAGAGGAGGAAAGCGGAGGGAGAGGAGGAAGAAUUGGAGGGGGAGGAGGAAGCGGAGGGAAAGGAGGAAUCGGAGGGGGAGGAGGAAAGCGGAGGGGGAGGGGAAGCGGAGGGGGAGGAGGAAGCGGAGAGAGAGGAGGAGGCGGAGGGAGAGGGAGAGGAGGAAGAAUUGGAGGGGGAGGAGGAAGCGGAGGGGGAGGAGGAAGCGGAGGGGGAGGAGGAAGCGGGGGGGGAGGAGGAGGAGCGGAGGGAGAGGAGGAAGAAGCGGGGGAGGAGGAAGCGGAGGGGGAGGAGGGAAGCGGAGGGGGAGGAGGAAGGGAAGCGGAGGGGGGGAGGAAGCGGAGGGGGAGGAGGAAGCGGAGGGAGAGGAGGAAGCGGAGGGAGAGGAGGAAGCGGAGGGAGAGGUGGCGCAGCUUGGGGGGUGGGGCAGGCGGAGGAGAUGGAGGAGGAGAUGGAUGAGGAGGAGGUGGAAGCAGAACAGCGCGAGGAGGGAAUUGGGAGGAUGGAAGUGGAGAGCGAGGGAGCGGGUGGGGAGGAGCGAAUGGAGGUGGAGGGGAGGGAGGAGAGCGAUGUGGUGGAGGUGGUUGGGGAGGGCGAGACGACGCAAGAGCAGGGCGGUGGGGCAUGCAGCUCCGAUGGUGUGUGGUGUCUGGAGGGGCAGACGGAGGGCGCGGAGGACAAACAGGGGCAGGGGGAAGGGAAGGGGGAUCGGGAUGGGGAAGGGGAAGGGAAAGGGGAGGGCGAGGGGGAGGAGGCGGAUGUGGUUGUGGUGGAUGACAGCGAGGGGAGUGACGGCAGCCAAGGGAAAAGAGGGGGGGGAGCGAGUUGA